AAACAAGACCUAAUCGUCAUCAAUCUCUGUUCAUACUUAACUCGAACUUUCACCAAUUUAGAAAGACAUUUCCAGUCUUCCAAACCCCAUAAAUUUUACCUUCUUUCUUAUCUCUCUCUCUCUCUUCUUUCUCUCUCUACAUUCUUUACUAAAAACCCUUUUCCCAAAAACAAAAUCCCAAGAUAAAUCACACGCAUGAUCUCUUAAACCCACUUGUAAUAAUCUCAAUAUGUAUUCAUGAUCUAUACCCUCUCUCCCCGGAGAGUCGGCGACCGGCGACAAUGGGUUGUCUCAUAUCUCAUCUUGCAGCAAAGUUUGCAUUUUUCCCACCAAAUCCGGCGACAUACGCCGUAAAAAAACAUGAAGACGGCAGCUUUACGGCGGUUUCAACCACAUCUCCGGCGACUGUUCCGAUCGGAGACGACGGAAACCUAUUAGAUGUUCUUAUGUUGAAUACUAAGAGAGGAAAUCAAAUAGUGGCGUUUUAUCUUCGAAAUCCGUACGCAAGACUUACCGUUGUGUAUUCUCAUGGAAAUGCAGCUGAUCUUGGUCAACUUUAUGACCUGUUUGUUCAACUUAAGGCAAAUCUAAGAGUUAAUUUAAUUGGAUAUGAUUAUUCUGGGUAUGGAGCUUCAACAGGAAAGCCGAGCGAAGUGGAUACUUAUGCCGACAUAGAAGCAGUAUACGAAUGCUUGGAAACUGAUUACGGAAUAAGUCAGGAAGACAUAAUUCUUUAUGGACAAUCUGUUGGAAGUGGACCAACAUUGCAUUUAGCUGCUAAGUUGCCAAGAUUGAGAGGCGUUGUUCUUCACAGUGGCAUCCUUUCUGGUCUUCGUGUAGUCUGCCAUGUCAAGUUCUCGUUUUGCUUCGACAUUUAUAAGAAUAUUUACAAAAUUCAGAAAGUGAAGUGCCCUGUAUUGGUGAUACAUGGUACAGAAGACGAUGUAGUGAACUGGUUACAUGGCGAUGGACUAUGGUCAUUAUCUCGCGACCCAUAUGAGCCCUUAUGGAUAAAAGGAGGCGGUCACUGCAACUUGGAGCUAUACCCGGAUUACAUUCGCCAUCUUUGCAAGUUCAUAGCAGAAAUGGAAAACGUAACGACAGAAACUCAUCUUCGAAAGUCCAAACAAGGUCUUAAUAUUCAGAAAAAUAAGUGUAAGAACAAAAAAUGGUGCUGCUUCUGCAGCUGCAGCUGUAAGAUUAAGCUUUGGAAACCAAAAUUUCCAAAGUGCCUUAAGUUGAGCUGCUGUUGUCAACUGAAAUUCCCAAAAUGGCCUUGUGGAUGGCCAAAAUGUAACUGUAAGUACCCGAAAUGCUCGAGCUUAUGCUUCAACUGCACGAUUAAAUGCCCGAGUUUAUGCGUUAACUGCACGUUUAAAUGCCCUUCUUGUUGGAAACCGGGCUGCUUAAGGUGUCUCUGCUAGUAAUAGUGAGAAUUUGUGGGGGUAUACUUGCAUUGUUUUUCUAUAUGUAUAGAUUCUUCCUAAGACCUUAGCUGACAUGUUUUUUUUAUAAUGUGAAGAACAUAAGACUGUCCAUUCAAUUUCCUGGUUUAAUUAGUUGUUUGAUAA